AUGGGGAACCAGACAAAAGUAAUCAUGUUUGUCCUAGUAGGUUUGACUGAUGACCCACAAUUGAAAGUUGUGUUAUUUAUCUUCCUGCUUCUCACCUACUUGCUCAGCAUCACUGGCAAUCUAAUCAUCAUCACACUCACCCUGAUGGACACUCACCUCAAGACUCCCAUGUAUUUUUUCCUUCGGAAUUUUUCUCUAUUAGAAAUCUCUUAUACUACUACAUGCAUUCCUAAAUUACUGGUUAUUAUGGCAACUGGGGACAAAACCAUUUGCUAUAACUGUUGUGCAGCUCAAGUUUUUUUUGCUUUCCUUCUUGGAGCAUCCGAAUUUUACCUGCUGGCAGCGAUGUCCUAUGACCGCUAUGUUGCCGUCUGUAAGCCCCUGCACUACACAACCAUCAUGAACAGCAAAGUCUGCACACAGCUUAUCCUCAGUUGUUGGUUUGCUGGGUUCUUUGUUAUCUUUCCACCACUUAUCUUGGGUCUAAACCUUGACUUCUGCGUCUCUAACAUUGUUGAUCAUUUCUAUUGUGACACCACUCCCCUCCUGCAGAUCUCCUGUUCAGACACACAACUCCUGGAGACCAUGGGUUUCAUCUCAGCUUUGGUGACACUCUUGGUCACGUUGGUAAUGGUGAUAAUAUCAUACACCUACAUUGCAUUGACAAUUUUAAAAAUCCCUUCAGCUAAUCAGAGGAGAAAGGCAUUUUCCACGUGUUCUUCCCACGUGAUUGUGAUCUCCCUCUCUUAUGGCAGCUGCAUCCUCAUGUAUGUUAAACCCUCAGUCCAGCAAAGAAUGUCCUUUAACAAGGGAAUUGCAGUGCUCAAUACCUCAGUUGCCCCACUUCUGAACCCUUUCAUCUAUACCCUGAGGAACCAACAAGUCAAGAAAGCCUUCAUGCAUCUGAUACAAAGAAUUGUCUCUUUUUCAAGAAAAUGA